AUGCCUUUCAACUCUCAUAUAAACAAUAUCGCAAAAGUAUUGGAAUUAUCUGAACAAGCAUUUCGUGAUGACAUUCUUGGAGAGACUCUUGAUCAAGCUGAUGAUCAAACAGAAGCUCUGGAGCUGCUUCACAUACAAGAGGCCAAAUGCGUUGUAAUUUCUCUAUGUCAACAAGAUCAUCUGGGCAUCCACACUGUUCCAACUGAAGAGUGCAAGUGCUUGUUCAGGCUUACUUACACAGAGAUACAAUCAAUAUAUGUUCUUUUCAAAAUGAGAGACAAAGUUUGUAUUGAGAAAGGUUGUUCCACUCUGUUGUCCGUUCCUGUCACAGAGGCACUGGCAAUUCAACUUCAUUUGUUGCUGCUUUUUGGCAGGAACUCAACUGAUAUAAGUCGUAUAUCAAACCAUGUGAUGUGUCUACUGCAUCUCAAAUUUGGCAGAGUCAUGAUAUUUGACUAUUGUCAAUUUGACCCAAAAAAUUUGGGGAAAUUUAGCAAUGCAAUCAGAGCCCUAGGCCCACCAGUUGAGCAUUGUGUUAGGUUUCUUGAUAGCACCUUUAAGGAGACUGCUAGGCCAACCGAGAAUCAAAAGACUAUAUACAGUGGGCAGGGUCUUAAUUAUCAAGCUGUAGUUACUCCGAAUAGAAUAACUUCAUCAUUUUACGGCCUAGUAGCUGGAAGACAUCAUGGUAUGACUGUAUUCUAUGAAAGCAGUAUUGAAAUGCAUAUGCGUAAAGCACUUGAUUUCAGGAGUAUUGGUAGACCUUAUUACCACCUUUAUGCUGACAGAGAAUAUGCAUUCUCAGAAUUUGUGAUGCGUCCAUUUGCAGAGACAAAAGAAGACUCUCCAGAGUAUAUCGGCAACCAAGAUAUGUCAAGUGCUCGUGUUGUAGUAGAGAAGGAGUUUGCACAUGUAGAAAACUUGUUUGCUUAUGUGAAUUAUGCACAAACACAAAGGAUUCUUCAGGGCAAUGUAAGCUCUUAUUACAUUGUGGCAACACUCUUCAAAAACUUGUAUGUUUGCUACAACCGUAGAAACCAAACGAGCAUGCGGUUUAAAGCCUCUUCUCCAACACCAAUGGAGUAUAUUGCAGGCCUCUUAAAUCACUAA